CUACACUGUCCCAAAAAGCCGUUAUAAUCAGUCUCAAUGAAUGCUUUGGAACAAUUAUUCUAUGGAUUCCCCAAGCCGGCUCCGCAUAAGCGCAGUAAGCCCCUGCAGGUGCUGUGCCUGGGCUUGCCACGCACCGGGACCGAGUCGUUAAGUGUGGCCCUGCGAACGCUGGGUCUGGAUACAUAUCACGGCUGGGACCUGUUCUUCGAGCCCGACGGCGGCAAGCUGCAACAUUGCCGGGAGCUGGUGCGGAGGAAAUACCACGGCGCCCGCGACGGCGAGGUGCAGAUCAGCAGCGCCGAGUUUGAUGUUCUCCUCGGCGACAACCAGGCCGUGAUUGACUCCUUACCGACGCUGUUCGCCCCGGAGCUGGUUGCCGCCUACCCAGACGCCAAAGUGAUCCUCAACCUGCGCCGCGAUAUAGACGCCUGGCACCGCAGUAUCGACAAGACCCUCGUCCAGACCGUCGACCAAUCCUGGCUGCUGUGGGUGAUACGCUGGUUCUCUGCAGAGUUCUUUUGGAUCUAUAGUCUGUAUCUGGGCUAUGGAUUCCCGACUGUGUUUCGCAGCGUCACGGGCACCACGACAGAUGGGAUCCGGCGGAACGGGAAAUGGGUCUAUCGCGACCACUGCAACAUGGUCCGUGGGAUGGUGCCCAAGGAGAAACUGCUGGAGUGGUCUGUCGAGGAUGGCUGGGAGCCUCUGUGCAAGUUUCUUGACAAACCCGUCCCCGAUGAGCCCUUCCCCCGAACCAACACCCCGAGCAACUUUACGGGCUCUAUAGAUCGGCGCAUCAAUCAGUACUUCUUCCGAGCUCUACAAAAUAUGGUCCUGACCGCAGCUACCGUGGGCGGGAUAACCGCCGUGGCUGUGAUGUGGUGGCAGGACAGACUGGAUGGUUUCUCAGUCACCAAGUUGAUCUAGAAGAUGGUGUAGUAUUAAAGUAUAUACUCUGGAGAAUAUUAGAAUAUUGAAAAUAUAGAACCAUAGACUCAG